AUGGCUAGCAGCAAAGAAAAGAGGAAGAAGAAGGACAAAGACGAGGAGGUCGACAAUGACAAGAGUGAGAUUCCUAGUUGUUUCGAAAAGAAUUUAGCUUCAGCUUCUUUGUUGAAAACGACCAAGUCGACUAAGCAAAUGGAAGACGGGGCUGAUGCGACGAAGAUCGACGCGGCUAAGGUACGAAAAAUGUAAAGAUUUUUUUAAAAAUUGUUUUUUUAGAUUGGGAAUUUUUAUAAAGCGUUGUCUGGAGAAGUCGCCAACUGGACUGAGAGCUGAGUUUCAGUCAAUGAAAAGGUUUUUCGUUUGAGUUUUCGGAGUUUCAUUCUCUGAUCUGAAGUUUCCUAUUUUGAGCAUUUAUUUACAAAAUUGUUCAUCAAAAGUCUUAUUAGAAUAUUACUUUUUAUAGAGCAUGCCUUUUACUUGAAGGAAUUCGGGAGAAACUAUGGGUUUUUAUCCAAUUUCUUAAUUUUGCAUUUUUCUACGAAUCUUUCAAGAAGAACUAUACUCAUUACAUGUUCGCAAUGAUACGUGCUCCACUUAAAAAUGUGUCAGCCUUUUUUUGGCAAAAUAUUUUGCUAAUCAUAUCGAUUCUCACCCAAAUUUUAUCUCAAGCCAGAAAGAACUAUAGCUCCGGAGUUCUUCGAAAACUAUUAAAAAAACGAAAAAUCUUCAGAUCGAACAACUGGGAGGUGAUGAAAGCAUUCAAAGCGGCCAACGAGACUGGAAGGAACCGAUACAAGGACGUUGGUUGCCUGGAUGCGUCGCGAGUGAAGCUGAAGACUCCGCCGUGGACCCAUGAGUACAUCCACGGAAACUACGUCGCGACGCCGAGCAACCCGAAGCGGUUCAUCUGCACCCAGGCGCCUCUGGAGAAGACAUGCGCCGACUUCUGGUUCAUGUGUCUGACAGAACGAGUGGAAGUCAUCUUCAUGCUGUGCAACCUCAGCGAGAAGGUUUGUGACUUCGUUUUGCACUAUUAUUAAUGCCGCUUCUGGCACGAUGAAACCAGGAAAGUUCUCAUUCCACUCCAGCUUUUCACGAUUUUGUUUCUCUCCAAGCUACGGAAUCAUUCCGUUCAAAGCGCGCUAACUUUUUCUGCACAAGCCUCUUUUUUGACCUAAAAUCCCGUUAUUAAAGGCGUAUACAGAGAUAAAGGUCACGUACAUCGAAGCGAAGGGUUCUGUAGCUUAGAGAAAAACGAAAAUCGUGACAAGCUGAGCUCUACUUUCACGACCACAAAAGGCUCCCAUGUGCCUUGAAACGCUCCAGAAUAUACUUUCACAAGAAUGAUCUCUGAAAGGACCCUUUUUGAACAUACGAAGCCAUUCAACUUGACUGAAAAUAUUUUGCAGGGAGCUAAGAAGUGCUUCGAAUACUAUCCGACGAAAGAAAAGGAAACGCUCAGUUUCGAAGAAGGUUCCAACAAAAUAACGGUCAAACAACUCGGCUCGAAAUGGGUAGGCUCAUUGGAAUCUUGAGGCUGGAUAAGAUGUCUCUUAUUUAGUUCAAAUUUGGCGGCAAGAACAUCACGGCCAAAGUGAAGGAAACGACUUUGAUCAUAGAGGGUUUAUCGGAGAAACCGCUGAAGACCUACCACUACCACUGGAUCGACUGGCCCGACCGUGGAGUCCCUAGCGCCGACACAGCUAUUAUUCAGCUUCUCGAGAAGACUCGCGGAUCAGCGUAGGUGUAAAAAAAGGAUAAAGCGAGAUAAAGUUGGAAAAAAUGUUUUCAAUAGUCAUACUUAUGUGCUUUACUGAUAAUUUCCUUAUAGUCCGAAAAAGUUAGUUAGGCUCCGAACCGAUUGGGCUCGCCAUGUUCAGAACAAACUUUCUGAAACCCUUUGAAAGUUGAAGAAAUUACUUUUACUGAGCACUUUGUAUCUCCCCUUCUAGUUUUUUUUUUAACAAAAAACUAGCUUGAGUGAUUCUUCAUUAACAUCGAGACGAAUAAAAUAUAAAAUUUUUACGCCUUUAAAAAAAACUUCCGACAAAUUAUUUUAUACUGCCCCGUCCAUUCAAAGGAGCAAACUGGAAAUUUGCAGUUACCCAAUCGUGGUUCACUGCUCUGCGGGCAUCGGCAGAACCGGAAGCGUGGUAAUGAUCGAAUACAUACUCGAACAGGCCAAGACAGCCGAAGUCGAAGACACGGACAAGAUUCUCAUUAAGAUUCGCGAGCAGCGCAACAACUCUGUUCAGGUUUCACCAAUUGAAAAUUCUAAUCAACGUGAGAAAUUUCCAGACCGACCAUCAGUACCUUUUCGUCCACCAGGUUCUGCUCAACUACUUCAAACUCAGAUGCGCCUUGCCUGAACACGUUGCAAAGGCCCAAAGCAAAUUCACUGCUGAAUAUGAAAAGCUGGUCGCCUGA